CUAGCCAUGGGGAUUUUACUCAGCCGAAUUUACGAUUCUUUCUAUGGAAUGGAGGCUCGUAUUCUCCUUCUGGGUCUGGAUGCAGCUGGAAAAACAACUCUUCUGUACAAGCUGAAGCUGAAGGAAGCAACUUUCACCAUCCCCACUGUGGGCUUCAAUGUGGAGACAGUUCAGUCCUUCAACAACGUCACUUUCACCAUGUGGGAUGUUGGUGGACAAAAGCGCAUCCGGGCUCUAUGGAAGCACUACCAUACCAAUACAGAUGGGGUGAUUUUCAUGGUGGAUAGUAUGGACUAUUAUCGUUUUGAAGAAGCCAGGCUGGAGUUGGAGUCAUUACUGGAGGCUGAUGAUUUGCGAGGGGUGCCUUUGAUGCUGCUAGCCAACAAACAAGAUUUGGCUGACGCACGACCUUCCAUGGAAGUGGCAGAAAGGAUGGGAGUGAGGAAAAUAUCUGGACGCAAAUGGCGUAUUCAGGGUUGCUCUGCUCUAAGUGGUGUGGGGAUCCCUGAGGCUAUGGAAAAACUAUCCGAGAUGGUCAAGGUAUAUCGCAAAGCUAAGAGGUCCAUGUGACUUCAAAAUAUGAAGAAGAUAAGGCUUUAACUUUUUUCUACUUGCAGCAGACACUUGCAAAAAGCCUCUUGAAUCCCAUUUACUCCUGAUUCUCUCCAUGGGCCGUAUGACAUUGGGACUGCUCUUUGAAUAUAGAGUACACUAUAAAACUCUUCUGGACUA